AUGUCAAUUUUCCUCAUGAACUGUAAAACUGGAUGGAUGAGAAGCUGGAAUUCUUGGGUUUUCAGUAGAGGAAUAUAUUUUUCUUGUCAUCUCAAGUAAGGAGGGGAAAGACAAAGAAAAGUGUCUUCUGUGCAGAUCUCUACCCUCUAUAUGUUUAUUUUUGUUUCUGAGUCACUGUGAGAACAAGUCGAGGAUGCUCUGCAUCAUAUUUUUGCUCAUCACUUUGUUCUUAGUGGGGGCAUCGAAGCUUUGCCCCCAUCAGUGUUUUUGUUAUGAAACGUCCGACCUAGUGAACUGUCAAUCCCGAGGAUUCACUCACAUUCCACACAGUAUCCCCCAUGGCACGUGGCUUCUGGAUCUUGGUGGGAAUAAAUUGACGGAAUUGAGGAGUUCUUCCUUUACUGGGAUAUGGGCACUCCGGGUUCUUCUGAUUCCACAAAGCAGCUUGCAGGUAGUGCACUCUCAGGCUCUCUCCUCCCUGACCUUUCUGGAAAAGUUGGACCUGUCUUACAAUGAGCUCCGUGUCCUUCCUCCAGAUUUCUCCGAAGGGUUGACCUCUCUUAAAGAUCUCAGGCUUUCCCACAAUGCCCUGGAACGUCUUGAGACCCACUCUUUACAAGAACUAGAAAGUCUGGAGAAGUUAGAUCUCAGUCACAACCACAUACAGUUUAUCGGAGUUGGGGCAUUACGUGGACUUUCCAGGCUAAGGCACCUUAAUCUGGCCUGGAAUCAGUUGAUGGUACUUCAAGGAGUAAUGCUCACAAUGCAACAAGGACUUGAAGUUCUUCUCUUGGGCCAUAACAAUAUCUCAAAGGUCGAAGCAGAAGCGUUUGCCCCUCUUCAGACCCUCACUAUUCUGAAUCUAGAAGCCAAUCAGUUGAGGAGCCUAAAGUUUAAGAUAUUUUUAAACCUUAGGACAACCGGCACGCAUUUGCAACUUUCAGAGAACCCCUGGACGUGUGACUGCGAACUUCAUCGUGUCUUCAGUAAGAUAUUACGUGUAAGGCAUCUCCAUGUAGAUGAUUACUGGAAUAUCACGUGUCACGCACCUCACCUGCUGACUGGGGCAUUUUUGGGAUUGAUGCAUAGUCAGCUAUGUAUAGCAGAAACAGCCACUGUCCUUGUCAUAACUGGAACUGUGAUGGUCACUGUGGUGGCUGCUCUGGUAAUGGCAGAACGGCAGCGAAAGGGGAAAAAGAUGAACCUGGAAAGGCAAGGAAGUGAUCCUAUGCCUUGGGAAUGUCGGGAGAAAUAAAACACUUAAAGUCACAGGCAAAAAAGUGGAAAAGUCAGUAGCUUCAAAAAAAUUAUUUUACACAUUGAUGUAAUGUUUUACAACAGCCCUUAAUUUUUGCUAAAUUAGCUCAUAGUACAAGUGCAUCAAUAGAUUUAAGAUGAUGUAUAAUUAAUUCCACAUAAUGAUUUCUUUUAUUAUUUCUUUUUUUGUUUUUAACUAUACUGUAAAGCUUUUUGUGUUUAAUGUUUCUGAAGCUUGUCAUAAUGCAAUUUUUGUCCAACAUCUUUUGUCAUUUCAUAGGAAAAGUAUAGUUUCAAUCAGAAAUAAGUGACAUUACAAAAGUAAAAUAGGUUGUGAAUUCUGUUUUAUGUUGACUUCUUUGGCAAAAUUUGGGGUGUCAGUAAAAAUUUUUUAUUGAUUCUCCAUACAAUUAGUUAUGUUAUUUUGAAAAAAUGUUACUAGAAGUGGGUUAAUCAUAGCCAGACUAUAUUGGGUCUAUAGUUAACCUAGACUGUGGAAUGAUGGCUAUGGGUUAAAAUUCUUUCAUGGUAAUACAAUAACAAAUGAUCAGUUCCUUACCAUAAAAUUAGCAUGUUACUGGUUUUUUUUUACAUCAUAUACAACUUGUUAGCAGGAACAUUUGUUGUUAGCAAUAUGUAGUUUGUUAACUUGUUAAGAAUAAUAGUUUGUGUAUUAUUGACCAAAAUUUUGUGAAGGAAAUGGGACACUAUUUCGGGUGUUGUGUUAAGGAUCCUGUGAAUGACGUACAAAAGGCCACA